UGUCGAAUUGAACAAAGCUAUAUCAAUCCCCAAACCUAUGAUGUUUAUCUAACGCGUUUUUCAGAGGCCACCCAAAUGAUCAUUGAGGAAAUUAAUUGUAUUCUUGAAUUGCUCUUGAGUGCUCAUCGGUUCUUUGACUUUCUCAAUAGCAAUGUUGCGCGCCAGAACAAUUCUGUACCUAACUUGCCCCAUGGAAUGAAUGAGAGAUGGAGGCUAAUAGAUGUAAAAUUAAGUGCCAAUGAUAACCCAGCCAAACUUCUUGGCUAUAUUCAAUGCUAUAGCGCAACUUAUCCUCUUUGGGGAACUUAUAUAGGUCUAACUAUGCCUUAA